UCCAACGAUGUUUGGGAGACAAAGUUUUUCGACAAGAUCGAGCAGCUCCCUCCCUCGGAGAACAAGAGCAGCGUUCCCGAGCUACUCUAUGGCUUCUUCAAGUUUUACAGUGAAGAGUUUGACUGGACACAGAGUGCUGUGUGCAUCCGUGCCAGCAACCCUGUCAACAAGUACCAUCUCCAUACGAACUCCUACCCGGAGCAGUGGUACAUAGAAGAUCCCUUCGAUUUGAAGCAUAACCUUGGUGCCAAGUGCAGCCGGCAAGGAAAAGAGUACAUCCUGCAACA